AGGGUCACAGGGAACCUGGAGCCUAUCCCAGGGAGCAUUGGGCACAAGGCGGGAUACACCCUGGACAGGGUGGCAAUCCAUCACAGGGCACAAUCACAUACACAUUCACACACCCAUUCAUACACUAUGGACACUUUGGACAUGCCAAUCAGCCUACCAUGCAUGUCUUUGGACUGGGGGAGGAAACCGGGGAACACGGAUGAAACCCCCAAAUGACACUCCAGCUGUUCAAAAACUUUUGACUGGCAGUGUACAUAUAAGAACUUUUUUAAUUUUGUCGACUGUACAGGUGGAAAAUGGCCUUCCAUUUACUGAGAAAAGGAUUGCAACUGUCCUGCUCUAUAUGAGUGAUGUUGAAGUUGGUGGGGCCACUGUGUUUCCUGAUAUUGGUGCUGCACUUCCACCAAAAAGAGGUUCGGCAGUGAUUUGGUUCAACCUACUAAAGAGUGGAGAAGUGGAUACCAGAACUUUGCAUGCUGCAUGCCCAGUUUUUGUAGGCAGUAAGUGGGUUGCCAAUAAGUGGAUCUGCUGUCGGGGACAAGAGUUCAGGAGAAGGUGCGCUCUGUCCAAGUCUGACUGAGACUGAAAACUGAAACUUGAUGUGUCUGAUUUCUCAAGAUACUUUUUCCCCAUCACAGGGCUUAUGAAAGAACUCUACCUAAAGCAAGCUGAAAAGCUUUUCAGAACUAAGAUAUUUGGCAUAGAUCAAAGGGGCUGAUUAGAUUUGUACCAAUUUUUUGUAAUGUGUAUUUGCACAAUAAAACACAGAAUUGAUACGCAAGGUAAAUAUAUAUUAGUUUACUAUUUAAUAUGACGUGUAACGUAAUAAUUGUCAUGGUAAAAUUUGAGAAACUUUAUUAAUUGAAUAUUAUAACAUUAUAAUGUUGAAUAUUUUAUAUUAGUACUCAACAUUGACAUUUCAAGAGUAAUAAUUUUUUAAUUACUUAAUUUUCCAUUCAGAUAAAGCAGUGAAUGAUUAAUCUUAAUCAAAGGCAGCAUUUCAGUGUGCUCUUACUAAACACCAAA